AUGGCAGAGCAGGUGGACCUGAGCCGGACCCAGGUGUGCGGGAUCCUGCGGGAAGAGCUGUACCAGGGUGAUGCCUUCCAUCAGUCCGAAACACAUGUCUUCAUCAUCAUGGGGGCAUCGGGUGACCUGGCCAAGAAGAAGAUCUACCCCACCAUCUGGUGGCUGUUCCGGGACGGCCUUCUGCCCGAAAACACCUUCAUCGUGGGCUAUGCCCGCUCUCGCCUCACGGUGGCUGACAUCCGGAAGCAGAGCGAGCCCUUCUUCAAGGCCACCCCCGAGGAGAAGUCCAAGCUGGAGGAGUUUUUCGCCUGCAACUCCUACGUGUCUGGCCAGUACGAUCAAGCAGCCUCCUAUGAGCACCUCAAUGACCACAUCAACGCUCUCUGCCAGGGGUCACAGGCCAACCGCCUCUUCUACCUGGCCUUGCCCCCCACCGUCUAUGAGGCCGUCACCAAGAACAUCCGAGAGACCUGCAUGAGCCAGACGGGCUGGAACCGCAUCAUUGUGGAGAAGCCCUUCGGGAAGGAUCUGCAGAGCUCCGACCGCCUGUCCAACCAUAUCUCCUCCCUGUUCUGCGAGGACCAGAUCUACCGCAUCGACCACUACCUGGGCAAGGAGAUGGUCCAGAACCUCAUGGUGCUGAGGUUUGCCAACCGGAUCUUCGGCCCCAUCUGGAACCGGGACAAUGUCGCCUGCGUCAUCCUCACCUUCAAGGAGCCCUUUGGUACUGAGGGCCGCGGGGGCUACUUCGAUGAAUUUGGGAUCAUCCGGGAUGUGAUGCAGAACCACCUGCUGCAGAUGCUGUGUCUGGUCGCCAUGGAGAAGCCAGCCUCCACGGACUCCGACGACGUCCGCAAUGAGAAGGUCAAGGUGUUGAAAUGCAUCUCAGAGGCGCAGGUGGAAAACGUGGUGCUGGGCCAGUACGUAGGCAAUCCCAAGGGAGAGGGCGAGGCUGCCAAAGGGUACCUGGACGACCCCACGGUGCCCCGGGGAUCCACCACCGCCACCUUCGCAGCUGUGGUCCUCUACGUGGAGAACGAGCGGUGGGAUGGCGUGCCCUUCAUCCUGCGCUGCGGCAAAGCCCUGAACGAGCGCAAGGCCGAGGUGCGCCUGCAGUUCCGCGACGUGGCUGGCGACAUCUUCCAGCAGCAGUGCAAGCGCAACGAGCUGGUGAUCCGCGUGCAGCCCAACGAGGCCGUGUACACCAAGAUGAUGACCAAGAAGCCCGGCAUGUUCUUCAACCCCGAGGAGUCCGAGCUGGACCUCACCUACGGCAACAGAUACAAGAACGUGAAGCUCCCCGAUGCUUACGAGCGCCUCAUCCUGGACGUGUUCUGUGGGAGCCAGAUGCACUUUGUGCGCAGUGACGAGCUGCGGGAGGCCUGGCGGAUCUUCACGCCGCUGCUGCACCAGAUCGAGCGCGAGAAGCCACAGCCCAUCCCCUACGUGUACGGCAGCCGAGGUCCGGCGGAAGCAGAUGAGCUGAUGAAGAGAGUGGGCUUCCAGUAUGAGGGCACUUACAAGUGGGUGAACCCCCACAAGCUCUGA